AUGGUACUCUCAAAAUCCCAGUUCGGCGUUCUGAAGACUCUGGCCAAAGAAUGUGAUGUCACACCGAUGGCUGUUCUCCACGCGGCCUGGGCUAUCAUGUUGGGAAUCUACGCCGACACGAACAGCGUUCGGUUCGGCGUAGUGGUGUCCGGACGCAACGUGCCCUUGCCGGGUAUAGUCGACACCACAGGACCAUUGGUGAACACAUUGCCCCUCCAAGUAGACAUCGAUGAGGCAAGGUCUCUGAAGGAAUUCCUACAAGAUGUGCAUCAACGAAUGUUGCGUCUCGGAAAGUUCUCUUGGACGGAUUCUUCGAACGGUCUCUCGAGGACGAUUGGCACAAUGGUGGCUAUGCAGACUGGCCCAGAUCUUGCAGGGACGCUGGAGGAAAAUCAGUUCGUCCCUAUUGAACACACAUUCACCCGCCAGACUACGAACAUCCCUCUCUGUGCCAUUAUACGUGACGAGGGGGACAUCAUUCUACAAUACAGCAGUGAGCGCUACGAAGCUAGACGCAUUGAAGCUUUUGCCGCCUCUUUCCGGGAUUUACUGGUUGGCAUGAGACACUCUGGCGUGCCUCUUGAGUUUUAUACGACACGAAUCCUAGACACUAGUACCACAGCAGAGUUGAGAGCCUUGGGCAAUUGUGAGACGGGUGCUACCACGAGGAGCUCUGUGACACAAGAUCUCGUAACACUGUUCGAGAAGGCGGCAGCCUCACAUCCUGAAGCCAUUGCAAUCGAACACGCUGGUCAACGAAUUACAUACAGCGACCUACUCACUUCGUCGGGAAAACUUGCUGCAAUUUUAGCCGGUCUGAUUGAGCCCGAGGAGACUGUUACUGUCCACGCGGACGCUUCUGUCAACUGGCUGAUUUCUAUCUUUGGCAUCUUACGAGCGGGAGGCGUGUACUGUCCCAUCGACGCAGCGCACGCUCAGCCAUAUCGCGAUUCCCUCGUGGAGGCUUCAAAGGCCAGAUACUUCAUGGCAACAACGAAUGACGCCCUUGCUGCUGCGACAUCAAUCCCGAAUGUCCAAGCUAUUGAUGUUCCAGCGAUCAUUGCUUCCCAACCGUCACCAGACACCGCAUUUCCACUGCGCAGCCAGCCACGCCCGUGGGAACUGGCAUAUCUUUGCUUCACCUCUGGCUCAACAGGGAAGCCCAAGGGUGUGCAGUGUACUCAUCAGAGCCUCGUGGCUUUCCAGAGAGAUCCAGAAGUUCGACUUUUUGCGCAUCCAGGACGCCGGAUAUCGCAGGUCAUGUCUGCUGCCUUUGAUGGUAGCAUCCAUGAGCUAUUUUCAUCGCUCUGCUACGGGGCUACUUUGGUACUAAGGGAGGCCGGAGACUCAUUCGGCGUGUUGAAGAAAGUCGACUCCGCUAUCCUCACACCGACUGUUGCAGGUCUCUUGGAGCCAAGAGAUUUUCCAAAUCUCAAAGCGCUGUAUCUUGUUGGUGAGGCGGUACCGCAAGCUGUAUGCGACUCUUGGUCGUCUCAAACGACUCUCUACAACAUGUACGGGCCGACCGAGGGUACGGGAGGUGCAACAAUCGCUCGACUGCAGCCCAACAAGGCGGUGACGAUCGGACGGCCCAACCCAUCAACACGCAUAUACCUCCUUUCCCACCGUGGUCGUCUGAUGCCGAUCGGGAGCACGGGUGAGAUCUACCUUGCCGGCGUUCAGAUUGCCAGGGGAUAUAUCGACCAGCCCGUGCUCACACCAGAGCGUUUCCUGCCAGACUCAAUCUGCAGUGGUCUUGGUGAAUACAUGUACAAGACAGGCGAUCGUGGAUACUGGGACUCUUCAGGAAACCUCGUAUAUCUGGGCAGAGUUGAUCGCCAAAUCAAGUUAAGAGGCUUCCGAGUGGAMCUCGAGGAUCUGGAAGCACGGGUCUUGCGCGCCUGUCAAGGUGCAAGAGCCGUUGCCAUUGUCCGGCAGKAUGAUGAGCUGGUCUGCAUGAUUCAGGCAGAGUCCAAAAACACGGCCCUGCUUCGAGCCGCCAUGGCGAAGGUCGUCCCCGCCUUCGCCAUGCCGAAGUACAUUCUCACUGCCACGAAGCUUCCCGUCACCCCCACCGGCAAGGUAGACUACAAAGCCAUUGCAUCAAGUGCAAAAAACGAAAUCAGUGAUGAAUACAGGCUCGAGACGGAGACCGAGGCCAUCACUGCAAAAGUCUGGAUGAAUAUUCUCGACAUCGCCACAAGGGACGACGUCGUGAACUCACACUCCAACUUCGCUGCCAUGGGUGGUCACUCACUCCAGCAGCUGCGUCUAGCUUCAAGAUUAUCUGCAGUAUUCGGCGUUCGGAUCACKGUGCGGAUGAUAAACGGUCUCCCUACCUUGCGGGAGCUCUGUGCCGCCAUCGAUCGGAUGCUUCCAGAAGCGGAGCAAACUAUCAGCUGGCAAAGUCAUUCCACGCAGACCGAUUGUACACCGUCCCCAAUUGAGCGGGAAUGGUGGCAAAAGUAUGCUCUCAACAUGUGCACGUCGGCUUUCAACGUUAGCUAUGUCGGCCAUCUCGCUGACAAUAGCGCCGAGAACCGCCAAAGACUGGUGGGUGCUUGGAAUGUGACUCUGGCUCGACAUAGUGUCUUCCGCAGCAGAUAUAUAUACCAUCGCUCUCGGGGACUACGACGAGUACUAUCAUCCCACGCACCGAGGGUGGAAAAGCUGAGCUCGGUUGACAUCCAGCUGGAGCUCAACAGGCCGUUUGAUCUCGCUGGUGGCCCUCCUGUGCGAGUCGUCAUCACCAAAGAUGUUCUGGUGGCCACGUUGAGCCACAUCGUCUGCGAUUACACCACACUGAGCUUAAUUCUGGCCGACGUGAGAUCCACGUAUCACGGACUCCCUCGACCACUGGCCGUACAGCCACCGUGUCAAAGAGCCGGGGAAGAUCUUCCUGCACCGCCUUGCUAUCUGAACUUUUGGUCCUCACAGCUCGCUGGGGUUGAGCUCCAGCAUCCGAAUUAUCUCGGGGUGACUACUGAGCGUUUGAGCUACCGAGGAACUUCGCUCAUGUCACAGAUUGCAAAGCCUCUCUGGCGAAGUAUGCGAGAGUUCGCCCAUGCCAACGAUUGUACGUUGCAACAAAUGACACUCGCGGCCACUGCGCUGGCAUUGAGCACCGCCGAUGAUGGUAACAUGGACAUCACACUGGGUCUACCUUAUCUGAAUCGUCAGACAGAGGCUGAAAUGAACACGGUGGGGCUAUUUCUGGAGCCACUACCAGUCAGGAUCACUUUCCCCGCUGAUACAAACAACAUACCGUCCGCUCAGCAAUCUAAGCUUCAACCCAUACAAGCAUUCAUAUCAGCAGUUCAGACUUCCGCUCAGCAGUCUCUCUCGCACGCCGUGCCCUGGAAUCAGCUACUCCGCUAUCUCCUUAUUGAUCCUCAAGACUACAUACCGAACCAUCCUCUAUUUGACUGUGUCGUAUCGUUCCAUGAUCAUCGUAUAGCGACACACGGCUUCGAAGAUGGGGACGAUGCAAACAAACUACAGAACGAUACCACUUUGGAACAUCCACUCGAUGCAGCUAUGGGCGUGCAGCCUUUAUGCGUUUGGAGCGAGGGUGCCAAGUUCAGGCUCAUGGUUGAGUUUACCGCCUUGAGUGACGACACGUUACUUUUACGCCUUGAGUACGACCGGGUCUGCUAUGACCACAAUGUCAAUAGGGUGAAGGCGGUGCAAAGAAUGAUUCUGAGAGCAAUCGAGGGAAUGGUGUGCGGACCUCCGCCAGAUGAGCCAUGCCAAGUACCGUCUUUCGAGUCCCUGCGGACAGAAUUGCGACAAGUGUGGGAUCAGGAGGUCGAUGGGGACUUCACCGACAAGAUGACGGCGUUGGAUGAGCAGAGACUGUUGGACAGGGAAAGAGUGGAGUCGAAGGAUUUCUUUGGUCUUCCCUUAUCAGCAUUGUAG